UUGAAUGGUCAUUGAUGGUAGCGGCAUUGUGAAUGAUGCGAAUUUUUAUUUUCAGACACAUCCUUCGCCUUGUGUUCGCUUUUUUCUUUGAUAUACGCAUUUUUUCGUCAAUUUCAUCAUUCAUUUCGUUUCUAUUUUUUUAGUUUUAUUUUUCAUUUCGAAAAUUUACGAAUUUGAUCUGGUUACAAUUACAACAAACACCAAUAAUAACAACAACAACAACCGAGUAUUCAUGAUAAUUAAAUUGUGAUCACAAAAUUUUGAUAAUCUUCGUUAUUUAUAUUUGAUAAAAUCCAUUGAAAUAUUCGAUUUUUUUUGUCGAAAAAUAUAAUAAUGUCACUACCAAAUACGGAUACAUUGCCAUCCACUACAUCAACAACAACAACAACAACGAUGAAUCCGACUACCGCCGAUCAUCAUCAUCAUCAUAUUUCUCAUCCACAUGUUAUUCAUAAUAAUAAUAAUAAUAAUAAUGGAACAAAUCAAUCGACCGAUGAAACAAUAUAUGAUCCAAUGUUAAUGAAUCUGGUCAAAGACUUUUUCAAUGCGCAAUUUGAAUUGAAAAAAGCGCAAUGUCCAUUUCCUUCUUCUUCUUCCUCGUCAUCCACAUCAUCAUCAUCGAAUCAAACAUCAAUGGUGAACAACAAUACUACUAAUCAAACAUCAAUCAAUCAAUAUAGUAGAAUACGAAUGGCAUUAAGGGCAUUGGGCAAAUCAUUUGAAGAAAAAUAUUCAAGACAAUUGUAUGAUAUAAUUGUCAAAUUGGAAUUACAGCCACAGAAUGCAUGUGCAACAUUUCAUUGUCUUAGCAAUGAAAUGUUUGUACAAGGCAUACAAUGGAAUCAUAUUGUCACAUAUUUUGUAUUUAGUGUGGAUUUUGCCUAUUAUGCUAGCCAAAGUCAUGCAGCCACCGUAAAUGAUGUGGCCAGAUGGUUAACCCGUUAUACUUUUGAACAUUUAUUACCAUGGAUCGAAAAGAAUGGUGGUUGGGAUGGUAUCGUUUCAUUUGCCCAAGAUAUUGUUGGUGAUGUAUCGAAUAAUGAUAAUACAUUGUUCAAUGUGGAUCUAAAGAAUAUAUUAUGUGGUGCUGCCGGUGCACUUGGUGUACUAUCGUUGGGUCUAUUUCUUUCAUCCAAAUGAUAAAACUAUUUUUUUAUACAUCUGACUGGAAUAAUUUUUUUCAAGCAGAUUCAAACGUUUCUUUUCUCUCUUCCAGAUACAUACACGCACACACAUAAUAAAACAUUGAUUGAUCUCUUAAACACAUAAAGCACCGUAAACAUUCUGAACAGCAAAUAUUUUUACUUGAAAUUAUCUUUAUUAAAAAAAAUCAAUAAUCGCUUGUAAUAAUAAUAAACUUAAUCAUAUAUAAUAAUAAAAAAUAAAUUAACA